UUUUGAAAACCUUGAAGACAGCUAUCGGCCAACCUCAUUCUUCUUCCCCUUUGGUCCUCCUAACGCAUUCGGGGAACACAGCAGGUUCAUCGAUCUGAAGCAUCUCCGCUAUGGAUGCCGAACUAUUGGAACUCCAGCGACAGUUUGAGUCCGCACAACAGGCAAAAUCAAGCAACCGCCUCUCGGAACGAAACAUCGUUGAGUUGAUUCUCAAGCUACAGGAGCUCCGUUUCAUUGAUUUCGACCUACUCCACACUGUCUCUGGCAAAGAGUAUAUAACCACUGAACAAGUACAGUUCGAGAUGGUGGCGGAGAUCAGGAAGUCGGGCCGCGUCUCCCUCAUUGAUCUCUCGGACGUCCUUGGGGUUGACCUAUAUCACAUCGAGAAGCAGGGUCAGCAGAUUGUGGCUAGUGAUCCCGGGCUUAUGCUGCUAAACGGGGAAAUAAUCUCGGAGUCGUAUUGGGAUGGAGUCGCUGAAGAGAUAAACGAAAAACUGCAGGAGUGUAGUCAGAUAUUCCUUGCUGAGAUUGCCGCACAAUUGCAUGUUGGCUCCGAGAUUGUGAUGUCCGUUUUGGAGCCCCGCCUUGGAACUAUAAUAAAGGGGAGAUUGGAAGGUGGGCAGUUGUUCACUCCUGCAUAUGUUUCACGAAUUACGGCAAUGGUUCGUGGUGCUGUUAGGGGGAUUACUGUUCCGACAAACUUGCCAACUGUUUGGAACUCUUUGCAGCAUUUACCGCAUGACAUUAAUGAUGGCAUUGGUGUCUCAAUUGAAAAUACUCUUUUUCACUCUAUAUUUAAUGCUCUAGUAAAGGAGAAGGAAAUUCUAGGCUCUCUUCGAGCAGGAGUCCAAUGGACACCAACUGUUUUUGCACAUGCUCAAAGGGAGAGCGUGGACUCAUUUUUUUCACAGAACUCUUACAUUGGCUAUGAUGUCCUUCUCAAACUUGCAAUUGUUCAACCUAAACAGUACUUGCAGUCCAGAUACCCUGAAGGCAUUGCACUGGACAGUAUUUUCAUUCACCCUUCAAUGGUUGAGAUGUUAAAUGCUGCUAUACAGGAUGCUAUUGAACAUGGUAACUGGAUUGACGCUCUUUCUCUUCUCCCAGAAUGUGUUGGAAGUCAGGAUGUCUUAAAGAUAUUGUCCCUUUGUCCAUCUGUUCAGAGGGCAGUUAAGUCAUCAGAUGCAAUAAUAUUGGGAGACUACUGUGUAUUUAGCAGCAAAUAUAUCAAGGAUUUGUUUGAUCUAGUUGAAAAAGAGGUGGAUAUUCUCAGUUUUGCAAGCCUUGGUGGUCACCGGCCAGAUAUGUCUUAUGCUGAUGAGGUCAAAUUUGAAACUAGCUCUGGUAAAAACUCUGAGAUUAAGGAGACUUUUGAUGAUGGAGUCAGUACAAAACAUAUACCUGAGAAAGGAUCAAAGAAGAAAAGGGGAAAGCAUACAGCUUUUGUGAAGGUAGAAAAUGACUCUAAUACCCAAGAAAGCCCUCAUAUGAAAGGUAAAAAAAAUCAACGGAGAAGUAAGGAUGCAAGUUCAGUAGAAGCAAAAGGCUCAAGUAAGGUGAAAGUGGCUAGCUUACAUGGUCCAUCUGAAGAAUGGAUUGCUAAAAAGAUUUUGGCAGUAGCGCCAGAUCUGGGAGAGUUGGGAGGUCCCGAUGAUCCACAUGCGAUGCUCAGUACUUUGUCUUCCCACUUGAGGCCAUCUUUACUAGAUUCCCUGGAGAAGAGGAGAACAAUACUGCUACAAGAACAUGCUAAGCGAAGCCGGCAGUUGCUUGAUAAUUUGCAGAAACAACUCGAUGAGGCUUUCUUGGAGUUACAAUUCUAUGAAAGAGCACUAGAUCUCUUUGAAGAUGAUCCUUCUCUCUGUGCCAUUUUGCACAGGCAUCUGCUCAAAACGCUGGCAGCCCCCAUUAUUGACAAACUUCUUCAAACUUUGGUCAUGGAUAACAAAUUAAAAAAUGGAAUUGAAAUGGAAGAAGGUGAAAGUCUGGAUGCUCUACAACUAACUUCUGCAAAUCGUAUUUAUUUGGCAAAGAGCUUGCCCAAUUCACUAUCAUUGAAGGCCCAAGCUGUUGUUGAAGCAUUUGAAGGGAAGCGUGUGGACACAUUCAUGGCUACAUUCAAGGCUCUAGCGGAGGAGAGUGGACUGCUAUUGAAGAAGCUUGAUAAGAAAUUAGAAAAAUCAUUAUUGCAAUCUUAUCGGAAGGGUUUAACCUCUCAGGUUUCUUCUGAAACAGAUCCAGUUGUACUUCUGCCAAAGAUUGUAGCUUUACUUUAUUUGCAGGUUUACAAUAAGGCUUUUCAAGCACCUGGAAGGGCAAUAUCUGCUGCCGUUUCUAGACUUAAAGAUAAAUUCCCGGAAGAAACUUUCAAGGUCUUGAUGGAUUACCAUAGUGCGACAGUUACUCUUUUAGCAUUACAAUCUACGGUGACAGAAGAUGAAGAAGAUUGCAAAGCGGACAGGAUUUUAAGCAAAAAGGAGUAUCUAGAGAGCAAAAUGCCUGAACUCAAGGGAUUGGUUCUGAAAUCCACGAAUUCUGGGGCACAGAGUGUGGCUUCAGAAAUGCAUGCGUCCCAUUAACAAGUUUUGUUUUAAAGUUAUUCAUUAAAGGAAGUUCCAAACACAUAGCAAAGCUUACCGUUAAUUUAUAUGUUACUUCACAUGCAUUGUAGAUUAGUAAUCUAUAUAUUUAUGUAUAUAUAUGGACUAUAUUUCUUUCAGUUGUC